CGCGAGCGAAUCGUCGGAGCCGAAGCUUCAGUCAGUCAGUCAGUCAGUCAGUCAGUCGCAGGCGUCGGUCGCGCAAAAUUAAAUUAGCCUCUAUAAUACACCACAAAAGUCGAAGCGCCGCGUAUUAAAUCGGAGAGCUGCAUAAAAACAGAGGGAGCACCGCGUAUAUUAUUACAUUAAUAUUACAAAGAUACAUGUGUGAGUGUGUGCUAUAAGCUGCGAGGCAGCCACGAUAAGAAAUCGGAAUCUAAAAGAGCAACAGUAGCAGCAGCAGCAAAAGAACACAAGUGCGCGCCGAUAACAGGAGAGAGAAGCAAGUGCCCCGCCGCCAGUGUCGUGAUAAUCGUGCUGCAAAGAGCAGUAUAGUGCCUUUAGACCCCCAAUAGACUAUUGUAUACGCGAGUAUAUCGGCGUCGCAGCACCGCAUCGGCAGCAGCAGCAGCAGCAGCAGCAGCGAACGACAGUCCCCGCAUACACAUCGGUGUGACACAUCACGAGUCAAAGUCUCGAGUCGAGUCGGAGUCAAGUCAAUCGAGUCAGGUUCCCCAACGCGCAUAUAAGCCGAUCAUCGACAUGCAUUUCGACGAGGAUAUACAGCGCGCCUUCGGCUGCUACCCCGAGCACCACCAGGAGCAGUACCACUACCAGGUGGGCUGCCAAGUGCCGCAGCAGUACGGCGAGCAGUACCAGGCGGCCGCCUGCUGGGAGAGGAUGACCGGAGGCUGCGGAGGCGGUGGCGGUGGUGGUUAUACGGGUGACGGCUACUACAGCCAAGGGAGCAGCAGCUGCGGCGAGCUCAGUCCCAAACUGCCCUCGGUCAGCGACGCCUUCUCCUUUUCCAAGAGCUUCACGGCUCAGCAGCAGCAACAACCGAUCGCCAAUUCAGGCUAUCAGUGCAGCAACGAUUACGUCGCUGGACAGUACGAGGCCGACGUAGCUCUGCUCUGCUAUUCUCAGCAGCAACAGCAACAGCAGCAGCAGCAGCAGCAGAUGGCCGACAUGGACUCGCUUCAGGCCGUCAACGACUUCGAUCUCAGUCUCAUUCGUGGAGACCCGUCGAUGCUUCCCGAUCAGUACGACCAACAGCAGCAGCAACAGGUCCAAACGGUGCCAAACUGCUACAGCGCCAACAUGGAAGUACAAGCAUCACAACCACAGUCACAGCAACAGCCACAGGAGCUGGUGGAACCGAUCUACCAGGUAGGCCACUUGAUCGCCGACCAAGUCCAGCCGGACGUGAACUUCAACGAGUGCCCCGAACAGAGCCCGGCCGACUUCCUCGACGGCCUCGGCAAUCACGUGAUCCUGCAGCGCCGCCAGGUCUACGUGGACCAGAGCGUGCCCGCCUCGAUCCAAAGCAGCAGCGCCAGCAGCGUCAGCAGCGGCGGCGCCCAGUCGGACGACUCGUCGGGCGGCGGGCCCGGCUAUCCCUGCCUCUGGCUCGGCUGCGGACAGAGCUUCCACGAGCAGCUGGAGCUGGUGCAGCACAUCGAGCGCAGACACGUCGAGUCCUCGGCCUCGUCGGCGGCCCACGGAGGCGGACCGGCGCACCAUCAUCAUCACGGCUCGACGAGGCGUUCGCACAAGGAGCGCGAGGCCGCCAAGGCUGCCGCGGCUGCGGCUUUGGCCGUGGCUGGUGCUUCUGCUGCUGCUGGUGGCGCGUCUCCGCCGUCCUCGGGCAGCGACGACAUGCAGUUCGCCUGUCUCUGGCAGGGCUGCUCGAGGGAUCGGCCCUUCAACGCCCGCUACAAGCUGCUCAUACACAUGAGGGUGCACAGCGGCGAGAAGCCCAACAAGUGCACGUACGACGGAUGCACAAAGGCCUUCUCGCGCCUGGAGAAUCUGAAGAUCCACCAGCGAUCGCACACCGGCGAGCGGCCCUACACCUGCCAGCACGCCGGCUGCUCCAAGGCCUUCAGCAACAGCAGCGACCGUGCCAAGCAUCAGCGUACCCACUACAACACUAAACCAUACGCCUGUCAAGUAGUAGGCUGCGGCAAGCGCUACACCGACCCGUCGUCGCUGCGCAAGCACGCGAAAAAUCACACGGCCGACCUCGAGGGCACCGGCAAGAGCGCCAGAUCGGCCAAUCGUCGACACUCCUCGACCACCAAGUCCUCCUCGUCGGGAGUGACGCAGCAGCAGCAGCAGCAGCCCUCGGUCACGGGCCGCAAUCAUUCCGUCACGUCGGAUUACGGAUCGCUCAAGGAUCCCCUAGAAAUGACUUACUUCGAAGAACAAGAUCUCAAGCCAUUCGUUGGACAGUACAAUCCUCUGCAGCAGCAACAGAUGCAGCAGCAGCAGCAACAGUACAUUCAGCAACAACAACAACAACAAAUACAGCACGUGCCAAGUCAGCAGCAGCAACACAUGGACGACAGACAAGAGUACAUACCACUGGAAUCGGUGGCGAAAUUCCUGGCCGACAACGGGACGGGCCGCUUCGCCCACAGUCUCGACAGUAUCGGCUACAGCAUAGACGAUGACCUGCAAGAUCUGGGCACGGACAUAGAGCAGCAAUUCCUCGAGCUCAACAAUCUGGACGACUCGGUCUUCAUCGGUGGAUAGCAGCAGGCGAGCUCGCCUGCACCGACGCGCGCGGGCACUAACUUUUUAAACUCCUCAGACCACAAGAGCGGUGCAAGUCCCUUAUUAAGAACCAACAUAACGACGAACCAGAACUAAUUAACGAAAUAAAAGAACAGCAAGUAUUGCGACGUGUGUGCUUGUGUCGGCCCAGUGUAGGCGAGAAAACUUCCGAGAGAAGAUGGAGAGAGAGAGAGAGAGAGAGAGAGCUUUUAUUAUAUCUGCGCGCGGACGGCGAGACAACGCAACCCGUCUCCUAUGUACGUGUACGAGAGCGCAGCUUAUUAAUGGGUUGCGUGUGUGCGGUAACAACAACAACAACGACAACAACAACCAUCGAUUACAACCGCAACAGCAGCAGCAACCGAUCGAGAGAGAGAGAGAGAGAUCAUAUGUAUGUCAAGCGAGGAGAACGUCGUCGCGGUAUAGAGGCACGCGACGAGCAGCAGCAACGCGAAAUUCGCGUAGAGUAGUAGUAGUAGUACGAUCAUGAUGAUGAUGAUGAUAGCACGAGAGACACACAACACACCGGUUGGCCUUGGCGACCGAAAAACCGGGCCAGCCGUGACUCGAACUGCACGCGGAGAUGCGCGCCAACGCCGAAGAAGCGAGUGAUAUUGUGUGGCAUCCGAGAU